AACUCAUCAAUUUCCCUCGACUUUCACCGUUAUUUUACUUGGUUCGGCGGGUUACUGUGGCAUCAGAGACUGACUGACCGACUGACCGUCCAGCUUGACCUGCCUGGUAUGCAACGCUCACGAUCGCGCUCAGUGUCUCGUGCGCACGGCGCCUCCCUGGCUAAACACGCCAAGGGAACAUCAGUGGACAUGGCACGGAGCGCUCAGCCCCAGAGACGUAUGACCAGGAGUCAGAGUCGGGAGGUUGAAAAAGGGAGUGAAGUUGGCAGUGCAGUUGUUACCCCAUCUCGAGCACGACGCAAAGCGGCCGCCUUAGAAGUUGUUGUGGAAGAGUCUCCGACACGGUUGCAUAAACACUACAGACCCGACUUCAUCCCCGACUCGCCCGAGGAUGCGACCAAUAUCUCAGGGACGACGUUUAUCAAUCCCACGGAGGUCGACACCUCGUCUCUUGAUCCGGAGUUGAUGCUUGACGAGCUGCCGGAUCUCGAGUCCAAAGCAAAGGACAUCGUCAACCUGCUUGUCCCCGCUGGUUCUGUUAACUUCAUCGGCGCUGUCAACGCAGCAAAAACAAUCCACACUUCCAGGAACCCGCAGAGCAGACUCUUCAACAAUAGGAAGAAGAAGCUAGUGCAGGAGGUAGCGCAGUUCGGCCAAGAUGGAAACGACUACAUCGAUGUGAGACGCGUUCGCGACCUCCUCUACGCAACUCUAGAGGAAAAGGGGACGCUGGGUCAGAGCUGGAGCCCUGAGCCUGUACUAUACAAGGCGAACUGUGCCCAAUUGGCCAUCGAAAUUCUGACGCAGUCUCGGGCGCAACCGGUGAGGCAAAUAAUCCGCAAUCUGGAGGCGCUGUUCCCCUCCAUGUUUCUGAGCGACCUUGUCGGGCGCGGCGCAAGAAAAGCCGUCGGAGAGAGCACGCUCGAGCGCGAUACCCUCUCCUUCGCGAUCGAGAUCCGCACUCAAUCGUUGAUCACGCAGCUCGAAGAUCAGAGCCUACAUGAGAGGGAGUUCGAUCCCUACGAGUCCCUCGGCGAGACGUUCUACACGGUCCCCGUCGACGAGAGCGUCUUCGACGAUGACGAGCCCCUCCGUGGCUUCGGCCUGGACAGAUUCGGAGGCACCGAUGGCUUCCUUCCUGAGGCUUUCUGCGGCCCGGUUAACGAACGUGUCAAUGACAUCGGCAUGUAUUUGUCUGGCGAUCGCGCCGAAGUCCUGAGUGGCCUCAAAGGACAGUUCCCUUGGCAACGGUUUGCCCUGCGGGCUGCACAGUGGAUUCGCAAGAGGGUCGACGAGAUCGAUGCCGACUUGAGUGGCCAGGAUAGCGUGGAUGUAGUCCGCGAGGGCUUUUUCACUCCCACUAGGGAUCGUCGCAGUCUUGGUACGGACCGGCGCAGUAUGGGCACAGACAGGCGCAGUGUGGGUACGGACCGGCGCAGUAUUGGUGUGGACCGGCGCAGUAUGGGUACAGACCGGCGCAGUGUGGGUGCAGACAGGCACCACAGAGAGCGACAGGAAAGCGAGAGAGUGCAAGCAAGAGAGGAGGCUAUCAGGGAGCAGGUCAGAGAACAGCUACUCGGAGAAGAGAGAGAGAGACAGAGGCAGGAGAUUGAGAGGGAGGCGAAAGAGAGACAGAGAGAGGAGCGGGAAAGAGAAGAGAAGGAACGACAGGAGGCGGAAAGACAAGAAAGAGAAAGGCAACAGAGGGAAACAGAAGAGAGAGAAAGACAAAGACGAAGUGAUCAAGGAACUGCCACUGUUUCGUCUAAAUCCCAGGCACCAAAGGCCCAUCCCACAUACUUGAGGACCGGAUUUAUGGAGCGUCUUAUACAGAGACAAAGAGAAAACCGCGCCCGCCUCUCUGAAUCAGGCCCUCGUCGACAGUCAGAUGUCAUUCAAUCCGCUCCCCAGACUGCACCUGAGGAGAUCGAGCCACGCCGGCAAACAAUGGCAGCUAUCCCGCAGGCUGCAGCUUCACCUGAGGACCGAGAGAUACCCGCAUCCCCUCUGGCCGACGAGUCCACUUUUAACGUGGACGAUGACUUCUACGCUCAAGCCGAACAGUCCCUCAGUCCGGUCGUCACCAGGAUCCGAGCCACUCCAAGCUCCCGCCGAGGGACUCCCACAGCGCAAGCAUCCGCCACGCCGCACCCGGCCGGUCACAUCCCAUCGAGCAUGGAACUCUGGCAGGCGGCCAAAGCGCAUCCCGCCGCAUCACAGCGCCCGGUGGCCGCACAGCAAGGGCCCCGUAUAGCAACGUUCAUCGACCGCCAGGACAACGCAUAUAGGGUAUCACCGAUCCAAGACGCCGAAAGUGUCCAAAGGAGACGUCCGACAGAGGAAGCCUCCAGAAAGCGCAGACGAUCAGUAACCGAAUCAUCCACCGACGACUCCGACAGCGACGACUUCACCAGCGACGAGCGCACCGUGGGCAUCGAACGUCGACGGGCCGAAAAGCCCGCACAACACCCAGCCAAACGCCAGAGACUUAACGACCACCCCCGUGAGGACCCCGGCCAACAGCUGAGCGAAGACCUCGCGCAAACCACAGCUCCGGAGGAGCAACAACAUGAACAGCAACACCAAGAAUCCCCGGUACCCUCCUCCCAACCCCGACCCGGAGAUCCCCCCAACGCAUCGAGAGGCGUCAUCGGUCGCGGAAAAAAUCGCGUCUAUCAGCAGAAGUGGACAGAAGGUCAAACCCGACGGCUCGUCCGACUGAUCGAAGAAUUCGGUCUGAGCUGGCGGGUCAUCAGGGAGGAAAAUCUGGCGCAGGGGGUUCGACCCGGCGAGGAGAAAUUCGACAAGGACGAUUUGCAGAUCCGUGGUCGGGCCAGAGUUCUCCGCGAGCGAUGGACGAAGGAAGGUGUGCCUCUUCCUACGCAUUUCGACAAAAUCGCCAUGCGUGACCGUUCGAAAAAGUAGCCGACAAUACACAAAUGAUCGCUGCCUACAUUUGGAAGGUAUUGGGGCUCAGCGCUUGAAUGACUUGUUUUGUUUGAUUGGCGACUUGUUUCCAGCGACAUGAUACCCGUGGUGUUUCG